AUGGUUGAGUUAUCAGACUAUCAACGUCAAGAAAAAGUAGGAGAAGGAACCUAUGGUGUCGUUUACAAGGCCCUCGAUACAAAACACAACAACCGAGUUGUAGCUCUUAAAAAAAUCAGACUUGAAUCUGAAGAUGAAGGGGUUCCCUCCACCGCUAUCCGCGAGAUUUCCCUUUUAAAAGAAAUGAGAAAUGACAACAUUGUUCGUCUUUACGAUAUAAUUCAUUCUGAUUCUCAUAAAUUAUACUUGGUGUUUGAGUUUUUGGACUUAGAUUUGAAGAAAUACAUGGAAGCAAUUCCACCACAAUCCAACGCUGGAUUAGAGCCACAAAUGGUGAAACGAUUCUUGAAUCAGUUGAUUCGCGGUAUAAAGCAUUGCCAUGCUCAUCGUGUCUUGCAUCGAGAUUUAAAACCACAAAAUUUAUUAAUUGAUAAAGAGGGGAAUUUGAAAUUGGCCGAUUUUGGAUUGGCUAGAGCCUUUGGGGUGCCCUUGCGAGCAUACACACAUGAAGUGGUAACACUAUGGUAUAGAGCACCAGAAAUUUUACUAGGUGGCAAGCAAUAUUCAACUGGAGUCGACAUGUGGUCUGUCGGUUGCAUUUUUGCUGAAAUGUGCAAUAGAAAACCCUUGUUCCCUGGUGAUUCAGAAAUUGAUGAAAUUUUCCGUAUUUUUAGAAUCUUGGGUACGCCAAAUGAAACGAUCUGGCCUGAUGUAAAUUACUUGCCUGAUUUUAAGCCGGGAUUCCCUCAGUGGAAGAAACGUGAUUUGAAGGAAUUUGUGCCUAGUUUGGAUGCUAAUGGUAUUGAUUUGUUGGAACAGAUGUUGGUUUACGAUCCAAGUAAGAGAAUUAGUGCUAAACGUGCAUUGGUCCAUCCAUAUUUCCGUGAUGAUAGUAAUGAUAGACAAGAGAAUCAUGACAUCUUUGGACAAAACGGAUUAUCUAGUGCCCAUGGUGGUGGUGGUGCGCAUUUCGGGUUGGAAAAGAGGUUAGGUGAUGGUGUUGUCAGUGGAGAAGAUGUCAAUUUUUCACGUUCAAUAAACAUGGGUUAG